GAAUUAUACUAUGUCUCUUAAGUGGAGAGAGAUGUUGGGAAUGUCAAGAAAAAGAGAGGGUCUUUCCAAGAAGGGGGAUACCUUUUCUGGAUAGUGGGCAAUCAAUGGCUUGACCUUAGAUGCAUGUUGGUACCUGUUUAGACUGAGCUAGAUACGAAAUGGGCUAUCAUAGAUGCUGCUUUCUCCUUGCUUGUCGAGAUCAAGUCAGUUACCCUAAAGGGCACUAUACACAACGCGAUGUUACGAUAAACUGCUCGUAAUGGCACUCCAUAUUAUUAGGAGUCCCCAGGUGUAACAUUUCUAGAUUAUCAGGGUCCAGAAUGAUGUGUUAUACGCACUGUAGUUGCGAGGAAUACUAUGCUAUCUUAUUGUAAUGAUACUAUAUUGACCGCUUUUAUCGCUUUUAUUAUUUACCUAUGAGUAUUUAUCUGAGCCCUCUUUCCCUCUAGUGAGGCAUAAAAGAACAUAGCAAAGCACAAGAAAUCUCAGUCUUAUUACCUACACCAACAAAUCUGAUCCGAUGUCGUCCGAUACACAGCAGACUCCCAGCGGCGUGCAACGUGCACUAGAAUCGAGCGACCCGUUACCAGUAAAGCCUGAGGAGAUUACCGCGGAAUGGUGCUCUAAGGUCUUAGGACACGCAGUCAAGUCAGUUUCAAUUGUGAAGCAAAUUCACUCGACAUCAAGCAAGAUCCUCAUCGAUCUAACUUACGAAGAUGAUGGAAACGCUGCCAAUGUACCAACUCAGCUCUGUGUUAAAGGAGGCUUCAACACCGAAAUGAUAGCCCUAUACCCUAGCCUCUCCUGGACGUAUCGUCGAGAGGCUCUGUUUUAUCAUUCUCUUGCCCCUAUAGUCAAAAUGGAGCUACCAAAGGCCUGGUACUGCGGUACUUACAAAGCCAGCGGCCAAGGCCUUGUCGUUAUGAGUAACUUGGAGGCCGAAGGUUGCGAGUUCGGCGAGCCACUGAAACCAUGGUCAGUUGACAGGGUGCGCGCUGGGGUUGAGCAACUCGCAGCACUACACGCCGGGACAUGGGGUGCUUCCGAGGAGCGAUUCCCUUGGCUUUCCGAGGAUAAGCUUCUAGGUGGGAACCCACUCAAGGGUAUGAUUACGAGUCUGAUCAGCCCAAAAGCAUGGGAGGUACGAUUCAAGGAUUCUGCGCCACCGCCCUUGCCGAAGGCUGCCUUGGACCGUGAGAGGUUGGAGAGAGCCUUUCAAACUAUGUGGGCUACUGAGAACCCGAAGCUUAAAUGUAUUAUCCAUGGUGAUCCGCACAUCGGAAAUACAUUUAUCAGGCCAGAUGGCAAACCCGGAUUCCUUGACUGGCAGGCCCCUAUCUCAAGUGUCAACUUCCACGAUGUGGCUUACUUCAUCACCGGUUCCUUGACUAUCGAAGAGCGUAGAAAGCAUGAUACCGACAUCGUCAAACACUACUUGAAGGCCCUUUACGAAGGGGGCGGUCCCAAGCUAGAGCUGGAGGAGAUAUGGGAUGAUUACCGAAAGCACGCGUUACAUGGUUUAGCAUGGGCACUCACAGCACCAGGGAUGCAGCCAGACGAAAAUGUUUUCGCCAUGACAGAACGCCAUGGAGCAGCAGUGGAAGAUUACAAAACGUUAGAGUUGUUGGAAUCUCUCCCUGAGUAUACAAAAGUGUAACUAGACUAGAUCUCGUCACGAGAAUUCCACUUGUACGUGUGAUUAAUGCAGGAGAUAACUUGUUGUCAUUACAUAACCUAGCCUUUUGAUGUCAUAAUAUUGAUCCUGGUAAAUUAUUCCAAGUAACCUCAUGUUUUUUCCUGUGCCAAGCUAGGAGGUUUCAUAUGAUAGCUACGAGUACCUAGUAGUAAAUUCGUUUUUGUUUUCUUAGGUACUUCUUAUCAUAUCUAGUAGCCAUAGGAAACAUGACGACUUCUGAC